AUGGGUGACACUAUUGUCGAUCCCAAUGAUCUACUUGGACAGAAUGAUACUGUAUCUCGUUCUCAACGUGCACUCUUUGCUGAAUUUGGACGUCAGCGUAGCCGUCUUGAUCAACUAGUUCGUUCUUAUGAUAGUCAACAAUCAGCUCGUGAUUCAGAAUUACGUCGUCAAUCUGAAAAAGUUGAUAAAGAAACCCGACGACAAAUACAUUACCGAUCACAUACAGUUAUGACAGAACGUGCUCGUGUAAAACAUAUUCUCGACAAUAAUAUAAAUAAUUUAUUUUCAUCCGAUAGUUCAAAUGAUAUUUUUCGUUUAGAAACUCAUUCUAAUGAUAGAAAACGAAAAGUUUAUGGAUGUUUAUUACCACAAUUAAAAGCGCCAUUAAAACAAAAGUGUAAUACUUGGACACAAAUGAUAUCAAAUUCGAAUUCAAGACAAUCAAUUUUUCAAAAAUAUAACGAAAGUCAACGAAAUUCAGUUAAUAGAUUUAUUGAAUCACCUAUAGAACAACGAAAUAAAAUGAAUGACAUUAUUGAUAAAUUUUUAUAUGAAUUAGAAGAAGGUAAUGGUGAUGGUUACGAUCAUUUUCUUCAAACAAGUGAACCAAAUCGAAAUGCACAAAUACUUGCACAACAAAAUAUUAAGAAUAAAAAUCGAAAACGAAUUAAUUGA